AUGUCCAGAUCAAAGAUUGAAGAUCUAGGAUUCCUGGAAUUGGUACCAGGUAUCGAUCCCAUUGUCGACAUCGUCGCCAUCCACGGUUUGGACGGUCACAGAGAAGAGACCUGGACGACAGAUGGUGGGAUCCUUUGGCUGCGUGACCUCUUGCCAUCGGCUUUGCCCAACGCUCGCGUCCUUACGUAUGGAUAUGAUGCCGAUACUCGUAGCCGAGAAUGCGUAUCGACGCAGACGAUUCGCCAGCACGCGGAUGGGUUCGCCAAGGCUUUAGCACGGAAGCGGACAGCAGACCCUCGACGUCCCAUCAUCUUCGUCGCACACAAUUUGGGAGGCAUAAUUGUCAAAUGGGCACUCGUCAUCUGCCAUAAUCAGAACCUGGCGUCAAAGGGUGACCUCCGAGACAUCUUAGUAUCGACUCAUGGCGUCCUAUUCUUUGGUACUCCGCAUUCCGGCAUGGACAACACUCUCCUUGAAACCAUCAACCGCUUGGCGUCUAUGUACAUGAAAACGACAGACGGCAUCCUCAAGGAUCUUCGGGAACAUUCUUCGGAGCUAGCAACUAUACAGAGUCUUUACGUCGAAGCGAGUGAGAAGAUAGCUAGCGUAUUCUUCUGCGAGGAGUACAAAACUCCCGUAGAUAGAAAGAGACAGAGACUGAAUGUUCCUCAUCAUUCGGCGAUCAUCCCCGGUGACCGCAAUGCGCCGGCGGUGACACUCCACAGUGAUCAUGGAAAUCUAGUCAGGUUCCCGACUGUAGACAACGACAACUAUCAAACAGUGCUUCAUUACCUCAGCGAGUAUUUCGUCAGCGCUCGCCAGACAGUGCACGAAAAGUGGCUUACGGAGGAUGGGUUACGCCUCGUCGCGAAAGGAAAAUCCAUCUUGCCCAACACUGUGGACCCGCCUGUGGACAUGUCUGUCUUAUUCCAGCUACCAAUGGUCGCAUUUGCUCCAUCUUCUGUGCACAAUCCGUGCCUCAAAGGAACUCGUGCAGCUGUCCUCGACACAAUCUCCAAGUGGGCUAAUGACGAUUCCACCGAGAAGCCAAUCUUUUGGCUCUGCGAUAUAGCCGGCUCUGGCAAGUCGACAGUCGCCAUGUCUGCAGUAGAAGCAUGGAGGAAGCAGGGAAUCUUGGGUGGCGCAUUCUUCUUCUCCAUGGCAAGUAACGAAGGCUCUAAUACCGACAAGUUCUGCUCUACCGUUGCUAGGGAACUCGUUCAACAUAUCCACGAGCUUGGGCCACCAAUUGCAGAGGUCGUGAAGCGGAAUCCUGCUCUCCUGCGAAGUUCCUUUGACGAGCAAUUCCGGAUCCUCAUCACCGGGCCCCUUCAGCAACGGAAACGGCACACAAUUAUUGUAAUCGACGCCAUAGAUGAAUGCAAGUCUGGACGACAGAGGAAAGAACUUGUAGAGACACUCUCUGCCGCCGCUCAGGAGAGCAACAAUCUACGAAUAUUCAUUACAAGUCGACCAGACCCUGUCAUCGAAAAGGUUCUACAACCUCUUUCGAUCAAGGCCAAGUUGACAGAUCGCCUCCAUGAUACUAGCCAUCGCGAUAAUGUCGAAGAUAUUGGGAUCUAUGUUCAUCAAUCGCUUGGUGGGAUCCUGUCCUCUGAUAAGAGGCAGAGACUGGCCAACAAGGCCAGCGGGCUGUUCAUUUGGGCGAGCACUGCAUGCCGGAUGCUCAAUGAUGAAUCAUUGGCAAUCGAUCCCGGGAUCAUAUAUGACCGACUGAUCUCUAUUGAUCAGCCGGGAGCCAUCGACGACGUAUACGACCUCGUCCUCGAGCGCAUUGAGCAAGUAUCGAAGCCAGCCAUCAUUGAAAUGCUCGGCAUGCUGCUGGCCGCGUUCGAACCACUCACCAUCGGUGACCUGGAGGAUCUCAUUAAACAUGCCAAAGGACAAGGGAGCGCCAAAGCGCUGGUACAGAUUCUAGGUACCGUAAUCAAGGAGGACCCAAUCACACAUUCAAUACAAUUUCGUCAUCCCACCUUCGUCGAAUACCUUCGGCGAUGCUGCAUUAUCCCAGCCACUUAUAUGAGCAGCAGUAGGAUCCAUAUUAACAUCUCCCAUGCGCAUAGUCAAGCCGCAUCAUGGUGUCUCCAUCGUCUCAAAUCGAGCAAGGAAGGACUUAAGUUCAACAUAUGCCAAAUCGAGUCGUCCUUCUAUCUGAAUAGGCAGAUUCCAGACCUGGAAGCUCGGGUGAAGAAAUACAUAUCACGGAGGCUUCGCUAUGCCAGCUUGCACUGGCCAUUCCAUGUGUCAGCAAUGGAUGAUGGCUCAGGACACGAGCUGCAGAGCGAACUGGCACAUAUAGUCAAAAGUCCUUUUGCACUCUAUUGGAUGGAGAUACUGAGUGUGACAGGAGGAGUGAUGCGAGCAGUAUCUGGACUUCGAGCUGCUGCACAACGUCAGAGUAUUGAGAAGGAGACCAGGCAUCGGAUGAAUGACAUCAGGCGGUUUUUGAUGGCAUUUUCUGUGCCUAUCCAGGACAGCGCUCCCCAUAUAUACAUCUCAUCACUCCCAUUCAGUCCGAGAGGGUCAAAAUUACAUAUUGAGGGUCUAGAAGAGCAUAUUCAUGCAUUGAAAGUAACCAGGGGUCUUGACGAGACGUAUCCUGGGCUCCCCAGAAUACUCCAAGGUCAUCAAGACUCGGUCAGGGCUGUCGCAUUCUCGCCAGAUGGCUCGCGAAUUGUCUCUGGCUCAGGUGACAAGACACUUCGACUGUGGGAUGCAGAGACUGGCCAGCCGUUGGGAGAGCCACUCCGAGGUCAUCAAGACUCGGUCUGGGCUGUCGCAUUCUCGCCAGAUGGCUCGCGAAUUGUCUCUGGCUCACGUGACAAGACACUUCGACUGUGGGAUGCAGAGACUGGCCAGCCGUUGGGAGAGCCACUCCGAGGUCAUCAAGACUGGGUCAGGGCUGUCGCCUUCUCGCCAGAUGGCUCGCGAAUUAUCUCUGGCUCAGAUGACAAGACACUUCGACUGUGGGAUGCAGAGACUGGCCAGCCGUUGGGAGAGCCACUCCGAGGUCAUCAAGACUCGGUCUGGGAUGUCGCAUUCUCGUCAGAUGGCUCGCGAAUUGUCUCUGGCUCAGGUGACAAGACAAUUCGACUGUGGGAUGCAGAGACUGGCCAGCCGUUAGGAGAGCCACUCCGAGGUCAUCAACACUGGGUCACCGCUGUCGCAUUCUCGCCAGAUGGCUCGCGAAUUGUCUCUGGCUCAGAUGACUGGACAAUUCGACUGUGGGAUGCAGAGACUGGCCAGCCGUUGGGAGAGCCACUCCGAGGUCAUCAACACUCGGUCACCGCUGUCGCAUUCUCGCCAGAUGGCUCGCGAAUUGUCUCUGGCUCAGAUGACAAGACAAUUCGACUGUGGGAUGCAGAGACUGGCCAGCCGUUGGGAGAGCCACUCCGAGGUCAUCAACUCUCGGUCAGGGCUGUCGCAUUCUCGCCAGAUGGCUCGCGAAUUGUCUCUGGCUCACGUGACAAGACAAUUCGACUGUGGGAUGCAGAGACUGGCCAGCCGUUGGGAGAGCCACUCCGAGGUCAUCAAGACUCGGUCUGGGAUGUCGCAUUCUCGCCAGAUGGCUCGCGAAUUGUCUCUGGCUCACGUGACAAGACACUUCGACUGUGGGAUGCAGAGACUGGCCAGCCGUUGGGAGAGCCACUCCGAGGUCAUCAACUCUCGGUCAGGGCUGUCGCAUUCUCGCCAGAUGGCUCGCGAAUUGUCUCUGGCUCAGGUGACAUGACAAUUCGACUGUGGGAUGCAGAGACUGGCCAGCCGUUGGGAGAGCCACUCCGAGGUCAUCAAGACUCGGUCUGGGCUGUCGCAUUCUCGCCAGAUGGCUCGCGAAUUGUCUCUGGCUCACGUGACAAGACAAUUCGACUGUGGGAUGCAGAGACUGGCCAGCCGUUGGGAGAGCCACUCCGAGGUCAUCAAGACUCGGUCAGGGCUGUCGCAUUCUCGCCAGAUGGCUCGCGAAUUGUCUCUGGCUCAGGUGACAAGACAAUUCGACUGUGGGAUGCAGAGACUGGCCAGCCGUUAGGAGAGCCACUCCGAGAUAACUCAGCCCAGAUCAGCACUGGUAGGUUCUCGCCAGAUGGUACGCGAGUUGUCUCUGGUUCAAAUGACAACACAAUCCAAAUCCGGAGGGUGCACAAUUCUAAUCUCGACGCUACAAAUACUCACUCUACCUCUUUGGGCCAUGGCAAUUCUACUGUAGUCAAAUCCACAAUCCUUGUACCUGGGGUCGGUGAAUGUUCCCUGCUGCCCGACGGCUGGGUACAGUCUUCUGGUCAAUUCAUUUUCUGGGUGCCCCCUCCCAAUCGUCAUGGAAUCCAGAAUCCAGAUCUCCUUCUGACUAUGCCGACAUCGAGUCACCUACGUGCGACCCACCUCGAUUUCACUCAUUUUCAAUGCGGGACAUCUUGGACAAAACGUGGCCCCCAAAAGGCUGAAAAUUCGUCGAAAGAACAACCAGAAGACAACCUGAAUCAGCCGAGAAAAGCAGACAAUAAGCACGUCAAAGAUGGUGAAAAGUCAAAAUCAAAACGACCAAGGCAAGAGUGCAAGGUCGAAAUCGUCGAAAAGAAGCAGCGAGUCGAGAAAAGAAAGAUCCAAGGCUGCGCUGGAAGCAGCAAAGAAGAGGCAUGCCGCAAAAUCCGAAAGACGUACCAGGACGGCAUUGCACGCCUCCAGGCUGCAAUCAACCAGGACACGACGGAAAGCAGGAAGAUCAACGACAAACUUGCGGAGCUUGCGGUUGACAGCAGCAAAAAGCGCAAUAAGGAGCUCGCCGAGAGCAUCGAAGAGAAGAUAGAAUUAGCCGCGGCAGACAAGGCACGCAAGGAGAUGGAGAAGAUGGAUGUCGACGAAACCGGCGAGAACGAGACGACAAGCGAUGAGGACAGCAGCGAGUCCGAAGUGAAUCGGACGAAUCACAAUCGUCUGGUAGCGAAUCUUCGUCAGAGUCAUCAUCAUCAUCGUCACGACAAAAAAAAGGAAGAAAAAGGGAAGGGCGAGAAGAAGAAAGAAGAAGAAGGGCAAGGGCGAGAAAGGAAAGAUCAAACUCAUCGGCGCGAGCGAAGGGUCAGAUGGCAGUCGGCUGGAGGCCGGCAGAGCCAAGACAAGCGAUCGAGCGAUCAGAACCGGUGGACAGUAGAGCGCCACGGAGGAAACGCGGACAAGUCAGGCGCCGAGGCCAGAGAUAGCCGACUACCAUGGCAAGCCUGGAGGACGGGAGGGGCAGGAGAGACAUGCCCAGGGAAAGAACGAGCUGUACCGCAAGGUACUAGAUGGCUACAGUGUGUAGCAAGAGCGGGAGAACUCGAGCCGAGAGGACCGGCGAGGCGACGUGAGCCAGCACGCACGGAGCGUAAGUCGAGCUGGGAGGACCAGACUCGACAAUGGCAAUCGUUGUACGCAAUCGAGCGUAGUUCCAAGAUACGUAUACAUCGAGAUGACGUGUCGCGUCCACGAGGUCGUGCCAAAGCCGAAGGCAGACCCCUCCUCCCCAAAGCCGAAAAAUCCCAAGAACGGGAAUCGGAGGGAGAGGAGGAAGAGACUGAGACCGACGAAACUGGCACGAGCCAGCGAGCGCAGCUGAGGCAGGGCUGCUAG